AAUUCCAAAGUUCAGGACAGACCUAAUCAAAACAAUCCUCUUUCGUGCUAACAAUUUGUUGUAAUAAUCCGGUAUCGAACCUGUAUUUGAUUCACGUAUCCAGGUAUGUCAUCAAAAACGGGCCUUCUCACGGCGGUGCAUUUGGCCAACAUUUCCAACACUUUGGCCGCCACCAGAAAGUACGCUCUUGGCACUUUAUACGUCCAGUUGCACCCCCGGUACAAAGACAAAGCCAGAUCAACCGCUUUGGGAAAACUAAUUGCCGAUGUUUACCAAAGUUCGCCAACAGUUCUCGCGCCAGGGGUGGAUUUACGAUUUCUUGUGAGCUCCCUCAAAGCGGGUGAUUUCAUUCCUCCGAAACGGACAUUAGACUAUCUUUUCUUCGAUUAUCCGAUAGCUUCAAAUGUGGACAAUUCGGUCGAUCCAAGACAAGUUUAUUGUGGCACACCCCAAGUGAUCGAACUUGGGACACAACCAUUCGCGAUGAAUGACACAGAUUUUGAAGAUCUGUUGAUUUCAACAUUUCCAAAUGUUGUUCUUGGAGGUACUUUCGAUCGUUUGCAUGCUGGUCACAAAGUUUUACUGACACAGGCUGUCCUGUUGGCCGAAGAACGACUAGUAGUUGGAGUCACUGACGAAAACAUGAUCAAAAGCAAACGAUUGUGGGAGUUAAUUUUGCCGGUUGAGCAACGAAUUGCCGAGGUGCGAGAUUUUCUGGAAGAAAUUGAUACCACGAUUCGGUAUGAAGCCGUCCCUAUUAGGGAUCCCUUCGGACCCACGGCAACCGACCCGAACAUGGAUUUAAUCGUGGUCAGCACGGAAACGGCUCGAGGUGGCGCCAAGGUGAAUGAGUUACGCGUCAAAAACGGCCUUAACCAGCUGGAAGUGUACACCAUCGAUUUGCUGGACGAUGAAUCAACCGUCGACGAUAAGGAGGACAAAAUCAGCUCAAGCAAUCAACGAAUGGAUCUGUUGGGUACUCGUUUGAAACCACGGCAACCCAAGCCUCAUCUCAAAUCGAUGCCGUACGUCAUUGGGCUGGUCGGUGGCGUUGCGUCUGGUAAAAGUAAGAUGGCCGAACGAUUCCGAAAGCUGGGAGCAGGGGUGAUCGAUUGCGAUAAAGUUGCCCAUGAACUGUACGAACCGGGUGAGGAUUGCUAUCAGGCGGUUAUAAACAAUUUUGGCACGGCGAUUGUGAAUGAAGACAAGACUAUCAACAGGAAGGCACUCGGUGCGAUAGUUUUCUCAGAUCAGGAAAAACUGAAUCUGUUGAAUACGAUUCUUUGGGAUGCGAUUCUUGAGCGGACGAAAGAGCGCAUACAAAGUUUGUAUGAGAAGGAAAACAAGCAGAUCGUUAUUAUCGAGGCGGCUGUUUUGCUGCGAGCUGGCUGGCAGAGCGCCUGUCAUGAAGUGUGGUCCUGUAUUGUUCCGAAAGAGGAAAGCGUCAAGCGAUUAAUCGAAAGGAAUGGUCUCAGCGAGGCGGAAGCACUGGAGCGUUGUCAGGCACAAAUUAGUAAUACGGAACUGGUUAAGCAUGCAGACGUUGUAUUUUGCACUGUCUGGAGUUAUGAGUAUUCUCAGCAGCAAGCAGAGAGGGCUUGGAGGACGUUGGUGGAAGAUUUAAAAUUGAAGUUGUGAACAUUUAUUGUCGGAUAGGAAAAUAAAGUAUGUCAUCAUGGGGAAUUUUCGAAACAUAGAAAUAUUCCUCUCCUAUUA